AAUGGGAUCCUGGGGUGCAUCAAAGAGUGUGGCCAGCAGGACAAGGGAGGUUCUCCUUCCCCUCUACACUGCCCUGGUGAGGCCUCAUCUGGAGUACUGUGUCCAGUUCUGGGCUCCCAGUUCAAGAAGGAUGAAGAGCUACUGGAGAGAGUCCAGCGGAGGGCUACAAGGAUGGUGAGGGGACUGGAGCAUCUCCACUACGAGGAGAGGUUGAGGGAACUGGGCUUGUUCAGCCUGAAGAAGAGAAGGCUGCGAGGGGACCUUAUAAAUGCCUACAAAUAUCUGAAGGGUGGGUGUCAGGAGGAUGGGGCCAAGCUCUUUUCAGUGGUGCCCAGUGACAGGACAAGGGGCAAUGGGCACAAACUGAGGCACAGGAAGUUCCGUCUGAACAUGAGGAGGAACUUCUUCCCUCUGAGGGUGACGGAGCACUGGAACAGGCUGCCCAGGAAGGUUGUGGAGUCUCCUUCUCUGGAGAUAUUCAAGACCCGCCUGGACGGGACAUCACUACCUCGAACACAUGGCAUGUCUUCAGAAGAAAGGUACCACGUGCAGCUCAAAACGACUGCUGAGAAGACUCCCACACCCUCAGAGAAAGGCAGCGGCAGUGAUGGUAAGAUCUGCAGCAGGGCGCUUGACCGAGGCACACAGGGGGGUUCCCGGAGCCAGGGAAACCCGAGGGAAGAGCAGCCAGACCUGCCAGGAGCUGGCAGCUCUCACGAGCAAGUGGGUCUGGCCUUGGCAUGGGUACUGCCGGCAGCAACCAUGGAAGAUUUAAACGGCCCUUAG